UCAAGUAAAUAAGUUGGAGGAUAACAUGUAAAGCUGUACACAUCAAAUGAAAAUGAACUCAUUCUUGUAAGUUUUUAUUGACAUGUGUCUUCUGUGUCUUUUACCACACUGAUAGCAUUAAAGCUCUGUCCUAAGUUAAAGAGAACAUUGGCAAAUAUAAACCAAUAGGACUUUGCUGUAAACACUAUUGAGAAACGAUUCAGGGAUCCACCCAGCAGCUCCAUCCAUCUACCAGGCUGCAGAACAUGACUACAGACUCAGGUUUUCUCCAUCAGCAUAGCAAAGAAAGUAACAGAAAUUUUGAAUGGCUCUCUUAAAGUAUAAAUAUAAACGUCCAGAAAUAGAUAUUAGAAGUGUAUUUCUCUCUCUGAUCUCAGAGGGAACAUUUGAAUCACCAUGGGUGAGGAACUGCUGCUGCAGCUUCUUCUUCUGCAGUAUGUGCUAAUUAACCAACAACCUGUUUCCUGUUACAAAGCAGAAUGUGAAAUAGUCCAGUGUGGUCAGAGACGAAUGAAAUACUUGUAGAUCAGUCAACUGUUAGGCUUCCACUUUUCUCUCUGGGAAGGACACACCCUUUGAUGAGAAGCCAUGGAGCUGCCUCACCUUCCUCUGCUCAUCCUCCUCAUCACUCCCUGCUCCUCCCUGUCAGAGAACCUCCCCCUUCCUGCUGUGCCUGCUGCAGGUCCGCUCCACCGGGACCAGCCCUUCAUCGUAGUGUGGAACAUGCCCACAGCAAACUGUCACAAACGCCACAACGUCCAGCUGGACCUGAAGGAAUUUGGGAUUGUGGAGAACAACAGGCAGCGCUUCCAGGGAGAGAAAAUGAGCAUCUUCUAUCGGGACCAUCUGGGGAAGUAUCCGUACCUCUCCAACGAUGGCCGAGAGGUGAACGGAGGAAUCCCUCAGCUUGGUGAUCUGGCCUCUCACCUUUCCCUCACAGCUCUGAAGCUGGACGUCCUGCUGCGUCCCAGCUUCUCUGGUCUGGGGGUCAUCGACUGGGAGGAGUGGCAGCCAUUGUGGGAGAGCAACUUUGGAUCCAGGAUAAAGUACCGCAGGCUCUCCAAGCAGCUGGUGAGACAAGAUAGACUGGAUCUGUCUGAGGAGAACGUGACACGGCUGGCUCGGCAGGAGUUUGAGAAGAGUGCUCGGGCUUUUAUGGAGGAGACGCUGAGGCUGGCGACCAGGAGCAGGCCCAAGGGAUUCUGGGGCUUUUAUGGUUUCCCCUCCUGCUUGAAUAAACACAAGCGGAAGACAGAUCAAAGCUACACAGGACGCUGCCACAAGGGAACCAAGCAGAGGAAUGACCGGCUGUCCUGGCUGUGGGCUCAGUCCACAGCUCUCUAUCCCAGCAUUUAUCUGCCGCAGAGGUUGGCAGGGUCCAUAAAUGCAGCUCUGAUGGUCAGACACAGACUGCAGGAGGCUUUGAGAGUGGCUUCAUUGUGGCGUCAUGAGAACAAUAAUAAUCAGGCCACACCUGUCCUUCCGUACACCCGGCUGGCGUUCACACAUUCUCUCAACUUUCUCAACAAGACGGAUUUGGAGCACACGCUUGGAGAGAGCGCCUCACUUGGCACAGCUGGGGUCGUGCUGUGGGGAGAUAUAAAAUUCGCCAAAUCUAAAGAGCAGUGCAUCCUUCUCAGACACUACAUCCACAGUGUCUUGGGCCCCUUUAUACACUCCCUGAGGGCCGACACGCUCCGCUGCAGCCUCCAACUCUGCCACAGUCAUGGCCGCUGUGCCAGGCGAAACCCCAACAGUAGUCACAGGCUUUCAUCAGCAUCCACCUCUGACCCUCAUGAUGAUGCUGACUCCACCAGCAGGAAAUACUACCAGCAGCACUUCAUGUGUCAAUGCUACUCAGGCUGGACUGGGCCCCAGUGUCAGAAGAGUGGACAGAACGAGGGUUGAUGAUGGCUCCUCGUUUAGGGGAGCGUUCAAUAAAUUGCAUAGAAAAGUUAUAAAAAAUGUAAACUAUUUAAAAAUAUUUAAAAUAUAUGCUUGGGUUCAGUUUUUGAAUGCCUGUUUCUGUUUGUUGGUGUCAGCUAACAUCCUUAUAUUAGCAUGUUAGCAAAAUAUAGCAUUUUAGUGAUGGAUUUGCUGCCUUUAUUUUAGCUAAUAGUGAUUUUUUUUCUCCUACCUUUAAAAAUAAGGAAGACUAUCCUGUUAAUUUAAAGUAUGAAAAGAAGAUGGCCAUGUUAGUAUUUUAGCUCUUUUUGCAUUUCCUCUAAUGAUGCUACAAAAGCUGCUGUUAGCAUAGUAGAUAGUUUUAGCUAACAUGUUAGCUAACAUGUAAUAGUUUGUUUUUAAUACUAGAUUAUGAUAUAUUCUUAGCAUAAUACCUAAACAUGUUUUAGGGUUUGCUUAUCCCAACAAAAUACUUGGAAAACUUUGUUCCACAUUCUCUUCAUAGAAGCAAUUAUAAAAAAUAUGAUCUGCUGUAGCUCAGUUGUUACAAAUAUAUGUUCCAGAUUUCCUAAAAACUUUAAACACAAAGCAAAUAUAUUUUGGGAUAGUACAAUAACACCAUCUAACAUUAAAGCAACGUUUUAAUUGUUAA